GUCUCCAUCAUUGCCAUAAACCCAACAACUCUCUCUCUCUCUCUCUCUCUCUCUCUCUCUCUCUGAAUGGCAGAGGAAACCCAACCAAGAUGGGAAGUCAAGCUCAUUACUGAGCUGGAAGGACCAACACCAGACCAAGUGUGGCCAUUCUUGGAGGACUUUUGCUACCUCCACAAGUUACUUCCCACCCUUGACAUGUGCCAACAAGUCGAGGGCGUCCCGGGCCAGCCUGGGCUUGUCCGGUACGUUGCCUCCACCACGUUCGGCGACGGUUCAGACUCAUCGAAGGUCAAGUGGGCCAAUGAGCGGCUCGUCAUGAUGGACCCUAGUGACAAGUGCUUCAGCUAUGAGAUCUUCGACAAUAAUAUUGGGUUAAAGUACUUUACUGCCACAAUUAGAAUGAUACCCAUGAAUGAUGAGGAUGGUAAGAUGGUUGGGUGCAUGAUUGAGUGGUCUUUUGUAGCUGAUCCUGUUGAGGGUUGGGGUUUCCAAGAUAUGAGGUCUUUCUAUGAUUUUUCCCUCCAAUCUAUGGCCAAGAAGAUAGAAAGUGCAAUUCAAGAAACAAGUGGGUGAAGUGAGAAAGAUGUGAUACCUCUAGUUGAUUGACUAUGUAUGCUUUAAAUAAAUUCAGUAAGAUGGUGUUUAAUAUCUUAUGGUUA